AUGUCUCCUUACCCCAGAGUGUUUUGUUUUGUUGAUUAUAAUAUUAGCAUGUCCUGCUGGACUUAUUACUAGGUUUUAACUAAAAUUAGGCCUACAUUACUUGAAUAAUAACAUAAAGUGGUAAACUCUUGAUUUAAUUGAAGAAGGGAGGCCUGUGGGUUUUGGAGGAAAUUUGGAAACGGGUCCAAUGUUUCGUGGUAUUGUAUGUUCCUUAAGAGCUGUUUGUUAAGUUAAAUGUUAUAUGAUGGAUGUUCUGCCCUCCAAUGUUUUUUUUAGUUAAGAGUUAAGCUUUGAGGCCGUGGCGACAGGGUCUUAUGGUGUAAGGAGCUGAUUGGGUUUGUUCAGCAGCAAAUAAUUAGCAAACAACCAGCAGCUUCACUUUGCUGUUGGACCCAGAGUCCAGUGAGUUUUGAUGCUGGGAACACUGGAACCAGCUGAUCCCAAUCUGUUGACGAUCCAGCCACGCCCACUGGGAACCAGCAGCCCAAACCACCGGCACCCAGAAGGCAGCAGGAGUCGGUGUGAGCUGGGAUCAGUUCUGGAGCCGCCAUGACUCGAGUUCUGGACCUGCUGCUGCUGAGGAGGCUGCUGCCCAGCCUGACCUUCAUCGUCCUCUGCCUCAUGCUGCUGCUCCUCAUCUUCAGUUCAGACAGGAUGUUGCCUCCCCGGAUGCUUGUGAUGCAGCUGUCGGACGAGCCGGCCGGGGUCCAGAACCAAACCACAGGAACCACAGUUCUCAAAGGACAGUCGGCCCAUCUGAUAAGAGUCAAAGGCUCCAAAACGCUGCUGGUGUCUGCUUUUCUGGAGCAUCGAACCAAACCCAGGAAGGUUCUUGUUAUCGCCAUCAUGUUGCGUGAAGAGAAAGUGUCCCUUCAGUGCAGCCUGCCCUGCGGCGAGCAGCUCCACGUCUCCAGAGCCUCCGUCGACAUCCACUGGGAUCACUUCGGCUUUCCGUACGGGACGGCCGACGUCUCCUGCCCGCUGCCGCCGGCCUGCCGGGCGCCGACCCACGUAGCCGUCACGUCAGCGGCCAUCAGGAACCAAGGUGAAGCUGACCUCGAGUUUUUGGAGGUUCAGAAUCAAAAAGCGCUGAAAGUCUUUCCGUACAACUUCACCAGCUGUUUCUCCACCAUGUACAACUACACCAACAUCCUGCAGCUGGUGCAGACGGUGGAGAUGCUGCAGUUGUUGGGCGUGAACAGAAUCGUCAUCUACAAGACGAACUGCAGCAACGAGACGCAGCGCGUCCUGGACUACUACACUGACAAAGGUCCAGCACGCUGACUCACACCUCCAUAAACACGGCCUGGUGGAGGUGAUUCCUUGGUCUCUGUCAAAAUACCUGAAUGUUUCUCGAAGAGCUCGUCCAAGUCAAAGUCCUGGUGACCUUCAC